CCAGGCUCAGUCUCUGCAUCUCUCAUAACCUCCAUCCCUGCACUCUUCUCUGGUUCAGGACUCCGGCCGUUAUGCAGCGGGCUUUGUUCGGCCGGAGCGCGUCACUCGCUCAGCUGGCGGCAGCGGCUCUCGACGGUCCACUCGCUGCUAGGAGCGCCCCGCUGCUGCAGCGUCUGGAGCGCUCCAUGUCCUCCCUCUCUAUCCCGCCUCCCGAAUGCAUGCUGCGACCGCUAGAAGUGCCUCUGCGUUACCUGUUCGGUCCGGGACCCUCGAACGUUCCUCCACGUGUCUUAGCAGCAGGAGGCAGGCCUAUCAUUGGUCACCUGCAGCCAGAAAUGUAUGAGAUCAUGAGCGAUAUCAAAAAGGGCAUCCAGUACGCCUUUCAGACAGAAAACAACAUGACCAUAUCAGUGAGCGGCUCCGGACACGCAGCUAUGGAGUGCGCCGUGUUCAACGUUGUGGAGCCAGGGGAGAGCGUCCUCAUUACCGUCAACGGGAUUUGGGGAGAGCGCGUAGCUGAAAUUGCGGAAAGAAUGGGUGCCAAUGUACACAGACUGUUAAAGGCGCCAGGAGAAUACUAUACCAAUAAGGAAAUCGAGCAGGCCAUAGAAAAACACAAGCCGGUCUUGUUUUUUCUUGCACAUGGAGAGUCCUCUGCUGGCCUCUGCCACCCAGUGGAUGGCAUUGGAGACAUUUGUAGAAAACACAAUUGCCUCUUCCUAGUUGACACUGUAGCCUCACUUGGAGCAGCUCCAAUUUUUAUGGACAAACAAAAAAUUGACAUCCUGUACACUGGUUCUCAGAAGGCUCUUAAUGCACCUCCUGGCACUGCACCCAUCUCUUUUAAUGAUAGAGCAUGCAACAAGAUGUUUAACAGGAAAACAAAGCCAGUAUCCUAUUUCUUCGACAUGACACAUUUGUCCAACUACUGGGGUUGUGAUGGCAGUCCAACAAGAGCAUAUCACCACACUGGUCCCGUUUCUGGAUUCUUUGCACUGAGAGAGAGUCUGGCAAUUCUUGCUGAAAGGGGGCUGGAAGAGUCCUGGAGGAAACACAAAGAGGUUGCAGCCUACCUCUACAAAGGACUAGAAGACCUAGGGCUCAAGCUUUUCAUCCCUGACAAAGAGUUGAGGCUUCCUUCUGUUACCACCAUAUCCAUCCCUGAAGGCUAUGACUGGAGAGAGAUGCUCACCUACAUUAUGAAGAAUCACCACAUGGAGAUGACAGGAGGACUGGGUCCAUCCGUUGGCAUGGUGAUGAGAAUCGGCUUGAUGGGAUACAACUGCGAGAAGACCAAUGCUGACAAGGCAUUGCAUGCCCUGGCAGAUGCUCUGAAGAACUGCAAAAAGAGCAAGCCUUAAGAACUCAUAUUCUCACAGCACUGACUCUGCACACAUUCAUAAGAUAUAUCCAACAUGGUUGGAACAUUGAAUAAAGUGCAGAAAUCUCUUAGUGCUAUCUACUCUAAGGAUUUUUCAGCAUAGCUCUUGUAUAUGUUUGCCAUUAUUAAACUAAAGUUGCAGAAGCUGCCAUGCUGAGUACACUGAUGAUGUUAAUAAAGUCUGUUUUCUGAAAUA